ACAAAAUGUAAUCAAUACGAUGCAAAAUGUCGAGUAAAGCAGUCAAAGCUUUUACAAAAUUUUUAAUAUUUCUUGUUAGCAAUAAGAGAUUAUUUUGGAUAUUUGUGGUACUCAUUUCUGGAUGGAACAUGAUAACAAUAUUCGUUCUUCUGAAGAAUAGAUAUGAAACAGAUUCCACGAGUAUAGGAGUCUCAACUGCUUACUCUCGUUGGACCAACACCUUCCCAUCUAUUGGAGUCUGUCUGUCAAAAAGCCGUAUAACCAAAGAGUUUACGGAGGCUAUUCAAAAACGUUUUCCUGGAGAGAAACAACCCUACACCUAUAUAAGAACGUUAUACGAUUACCUAUUUAUAAAUCCCAAUAAUUUGUACAUAAAGCCGGAUUAUUGCCUCGAUCUGAAUUCAUCAUGUGGAGUUGAUAUUCAAGAUAUGAGAAGACAGUUAUUCCCCAGAAAUUGUACCAAGUUUUUUGAGCAAAUUUACUUUAAUGAAAAACUGCUACCGGACUGCGAAAAAAUAUUCAAAUUUCAUGAACUAGAAAUGGGUUAUUGCUUUCUUGCUAACAAUUUUAUAGACUACGACAGCGCCGAAAAAAUGCCUUUGCAAUAUUCUUCAUUGGAUAAAUACAGGAGCCUCAGAUUGGUUUUACGAAGUGGUCUUGUAUAUGGGUAUGAAUUGUUUGUUAGCAGUCCUGAGGACCUCCCAUAUUUUAAUGCUAUAACUUACCCGAUCUCCAACGAGCCAACAAUACAUGCCUUUAAUGUCGAGGAGAUUCACAAUCACGAUGAUGUCAUUAAGGAGCCUAUUUCUCAACGGCUGUGCAAGUUCCCAAGUGAAAGUUCUAUCGAGGGAUUGCCUUACAGUUUUUCGAUCUGCAUGUCUCUCAUCCGAAGUGAAAUUGAAAUGAAACUGUGUAACUGCACUCUAUUUACUCACAAAGAUCGAAGUUCAAAAAACUAUUGCGGAGUGACCAAUAUUGCCUGCUUAGACGAAGCAAAACUGGCCGAAAAAGUUAAGGCCUUUGUUGGGUCUAAUAUGUCUUGUUUGCCGUCCUGCAUGGAACAACAGCUUAGCCUGGUCGGGUCUCGAGAAGAUAGAAGUAGAACCUACGAAAAUUCGGAGAAUGUGGUCGAAAUACAAAUAACUUCUCCACCUACCGCAAGAUAUUACAGAACAGUUACCCAGACCAAACUAGAUCUUAUAGUUGGCAUUGGAAGUGUGAUCGGACUCUUCUUUGGCGCAUCAUUACUUAACAUUUUGGAAAUAAUCUCUUAUUUUGUUAAAAAACUUAAAUCUAUGUGUUUAGGUUAAGAAUCAUUAAUGCUCUUCAAUUUGGAAUCUUCGCAGCGGCUUUUUAAA